UAGUACGCUGUGUCCCGUCGCUAGGCCUCCGACAACCACAAACACCCACAGCAGCCAUGGUGAAGAUGGGCAUCUCCGGCUUUGGCCGCAUCGGCCGCCUCGUCUGCCGCGCCGCGGUCUUGAAGGAUGGCGCCGAAGUGGUCGCGGUGAACGACCCGUUUUGCGACGUCAAAUACGCGGCGUACCUCUUCAAGUACGACUCGACGCACGGCAUCUUCUCUGAGGACGUCUCCUAUGACGAGGCCUCUUCGACGCUGAUCGCCGGCAAAGCAACAAUCAAGUUUUACGCCGUCAAAAACCCCGCGGAGGUGCCGUGGGGCGCGGCGGGCGCCGACAUCGUCUGCGAGUCGACCGGCAUCUUCACCGUGAUCGAUAAGGCGUCGGCGCACCUGACGGGCGGCGCCAAGAAGGUGAUCAUCUCGGCGCCGUCGGCGGACGCGCCGAUGUUUGUCAUGGGCGUCAACCACAAGUCGUACAAGAAGGAAAUCAACAUUCUGUCCAACGCCUCGUGCACGACCAACUGCCUCGCGCCGCUCGCCAAGAUCCACCACGAGAAGUACGGGAUCAAAGAGGGCCUGAUGACGUUGCGUGCUCGAGAAGGGCGCCACGAUGGACGAGAUCAAGGCAACCAUGAAGGCGGCGUCCGAGUCGCCGGACUACAAGGGCAUCGUCGGCUACACCGAGGAUCAGGUCGUCUCCACCGACUUCCAGGGCGAUUCACGCUCCUCCAUCUUCGACGCGGGCGCGGGCAUCUCGCUCACGGAAACUUUCGUCAAGCUCGUCUCGUGGUACGACAACGAGUGGGGCUACUCGAACCGCCUCGUCGAGCUCGCCAUGCACGUCGACUCGCUCGGCUACUAGGCGUGAUUUCCCAAUGGCCGGCCGCGGCGGCGAGAUGAGAUCGGAGGUGAGGAAGGGGGCGGCGGGAGCGGUAUUGGCGGCGGCGGGAGAGCGCGCUCGUCAGAAGCGGCGCAGCGCACGAAAACCGAGAUGUGAGUGAAGGUGCCGCGUGCAAGAGCCUUGUGGUUGUGCGUGUGCGGGGAUGGCCUAGCUCUUAGGAUCUUCCCCCGCCAGAAGUUGUGUGAGCCACCCGCCGCGCGCCCCAUAAUCAAACACAAACACUGCGC